CCUCAUACUCACGCCGCCGCCGCCGGUCCAAUCAGAUCAGACCGUACCGUAGGCCAUGGGAGCUCCGAAACGACACCGUAGCACCAGGGACGAGGAGAAACUCACUGCCAAACAGAGGAAAACUGGUAAACAUGGAGUAGAUGAUAGUGUGUCACCUAGGAGUGACAUUGCUGGAAACGAUAAGGACCACGAGGAACCGAGUGAAGAUGCUGGGGAAGAUGAUUAUGAUGUAAUAUCUGACUCAGACGAAGAAGCCAUGUCAGUAGCAAACAAUCAAACCCUUUCAGAUGCAUCUUCAAACAGCAACUUUGACAAUCAUUUGAGUUACAAAUUGGUAUCCACCGAGGUGGACUCGUUGUUGAAAAGGAAAUGGAAGUACACAUGGAAGGUGCCAACCAUUAACAUGUCAAACUGUCAUUGGAGAGGAACAGGAGAAUGCAUUAAUAAGGAUCUGGAAACAAAUUCUCUGUCUGUUCUCAAGCCAAGGCUGUACAAGCAUUGGUUGGAAAGCUGCAAGGCAUCAGGCAGCAGUGAAUCUCAUCAAUCUAAACUAAGACCAUUUUUGUCAAUGUGCAGCAGCUAUUGUGAUAUUAUGCACUAUAAUAAGAAGCCCUUUUACCUAAAAGGAUUGGAAGAAGAUUCAAACAUCAUGGAUGCAUAUCUCCUGCAUUCGUUGAAUCAUGUCUUUAAAAGCAAGGAUCUCAUGGUAAAAAAUGAAAGGAAGUUGGCUAAGAAUCAAGGAAGUGUUGAGUGUAAAAGUGUUGAUGAUGAUGAUGCUUACCGGGACCGUGGCUUCACUCGCCCUAAGAUUCUGCUUUUGCUGCCUCUAGCAGGAAUCAUGCGCAGGGUUGUAAAGAGGUUGAUAAAGUUGACUCCAACCAAACAUAAGGCAAUUGUAGAGGAUUUGGAAAGAUUUUGUGAAGAAUUUGGUUCUGGAAGAUCUGAGGACAAGGACGAAGAUGAUGAUAUAGAGAAUUCUAAACUCAAAACGUCUGGAAAACCUGCAGACUUCCAAGCACUUUUUGGCAGGGGUGAUGACAACAACGACCACUUCAUGAUAGGCAUAAAGUAUACUAAUAGGGGUAUGAAGUUGUAUGGUGAUUUCUAUACUUCAGACAUCAUUAUUGCUUCUCCUCUCGGCCUGAUCACUAAAAUUGGGGAGGCAGAAGGUCAAAAGGAAAAAGAUGUUGAUUAUCUUUCUUCUAUCGAAAUCUUAAUCAUUGACCACGCAGAUGUUAUGCUGAUGCAGAAUUGGUCCCAUGUGAAUACUGUUGUUGAACAACUGAAUAAGCUGCCAUCUAAGCAACAUGGAACUGAUGUUAUGCGCAUAAGACCAUGGUAUCUAGAUGGACAUGCACGUUUCUAUCGGCAGACAUUAAUCUUAGGCUCUCAUACAAAUCCAGAAAUGAAUGCCUUGUUUAAUCAGCAUUGCCUUAACUACCAAGGAAAGGUUAAAUUGGAGUGCACAUAUAAAGGUGUUCUUCCAAAAAUAUUAAUUCAAGCGCGACAGAUCUAUGAGCGUUUUGAUAUAGAAUCAAUAGUUGAAGCUGACAAUGCCCGUCUGAAAUAUUUCUCUGAAAAGAUCUUCCCAAAGAUUAAAGAUUCUAUCCAGGAUGGUGUGAUGAUUUUUGCAAGCUCUUACUUUGAAUACGUAAGACUCAGGAAUUAUUUGAAAUCUCAGUCUGCUUCGGUCUGCUUGUUUGGAGAGUAUAUAAAACGAAAUGAGAUAUCUCAUGUCAGGGGUGAGUUUUUCAGAGGAGAAAAGAAAAUUAUGCUCUACACUGAGAGAGCCCACUUCUAUUACAGAUACAAGAUUCGCGGUGUGAAGAAUUUGAUAGUCUAUUCCUUGCCGGAGAGAGAAGAAUUCUACCCACAGAUUAUUAACUUUCUGGAAGAGUCCGACAACAUGAAUUGCAGAGUACUAUUUUCUCGUUUGGACAAUCUCCGGCUUGAGAGAAUAGUCGGAACUACUGCUGCGAAAAGGAUGAUCAAUUCUGAUAAAGGGGUGUUCGUUUUCGCUUAGAAUUUGUUGCAAGAUGCGGAAAUCAUGUUACCUCGUCUUCAAGAUUUGUAUUGUUCAAGAAGUAUUUAUUCCCCGCGUGUUUGGUAGCUGUAUCACCAAUGACUUCGAGCAUCGUUGAAGUUUUCAACUUCAUCUUUGCACAAUUUUGGGACUCACAUGUCACUAUUUUGUAAUUCUUACUGUCAGAAUUUGAAUAAUCUUGUGUUUGUAACUUAUAAUUCGAAUAAUCUUGUGUUUGUAACUUAGCAAGUAUUAUGCAAUUCUUAACGUUUAGUUCCCCCAUCA